AUGGCAGGUCUCCCUUUACUGAGGGGGAACAUCAUUUCCUUGGAGGAUGCCCUGACCGACGACGACAACAUCUUGCAUCGCUUAGACUAUCCGCAGAAGCUGAAAGCCUUCUGUUCAGAUCUCCUUACCCAUAAACGUGACAUUGAGUCCUUGGUCUCGUUCCAUCUUGGUGUGAAAAAUUGCCAGGUUGCCGACGAGGCCGAUUGGUUAUUUGGAAGUUACAAUGUUUGCAUUCCGAUCCAUAUAGGUCCGCAAUCAAAGGAACGUGUUCUUUUUCGUGUCCCGCUGCCUUUCAAAAUUGGCGAGGAGACUUUCCCUGGGAAUACUAACGAAAAACUGCGCUGUGAAGUCGCCACAUAUAUUUGGAUCCAUGAGAAUUGCCCAGAUGUUCCAAUACCUUCCCUCUAUGGGUUCGCCUUUCCUAAUGGACAGGCUGUAAGUAGGCCUGUUCUACUCUCUCAUUUAGAAGAGCUACGGCUAACUUUGCUCCUAGUUUGCUCUGGAGAAAUGCAUGGGUUGGUUUACACGAUGGCAUUGGCGCUUGAAACGAACCAUCCGGUCAUGGUUUAG